GCAGGGCCGGGGCGGCGCGGGCCGGUGCUUUAAAUAAGGCCUUCCCCGGGCGCGCGCGACUGUGCGAGGAGUGGGGUGGAGCGUGUGUGGAGUGGGGUCUGCGGCCGGGGCCAGAGCCGCCGCGGACCGUGAGUUGGGUGUAGAUUGUGGAGGGAUCCUGCCUCUAUUGGAGCUUUUGCUGCCAGGCAGCAGCAACUGUGAGCUAGAGUAAAGCAGAAAUCUAGGAAAAUGAGCUCCAGGAUGGCCACAAGUGAACCAAGACUGAACUGGGAUAUUUCCCCCAGAAAUGGCCUUAAGACAUUUUUCACUCGAGAAAAUUAUAAAGAUCAUUCCAUGGCUCCAAGUUUAAAAGAACUGUGUGUUUUAUCUAGCAGACGUAUAGGAGAAAAUUUGAAUGCCUCAGCAAGUUCUGUAGAAAAUGAGCCGGCAGUUAGUUCAGCAACUCAAGCAAAGGAAAAAGUUAAAACCACAAUUGGAAUGGUUCUUCUUCCAAAACCAAGAGUUCCUUAUCCUCGUUUCUCUCGUUUCUCACAGAGAGAGCAGAGGAAUUAUGUGGACUUGUUGGUUAAAUACGCAAAGUUUCCUGCAAAUUCCAAAGCUGUUGGAAUAAAUAAAAAUGACUACUUUCAGUAUUUGGAUAUGAAAAAACAUGUGAAUGAAGAAGUUACUGAGUUCCUAAAGUUUUUGCAGAAUUCUGCAAAGAAAUGUGCACAGGAUUAUAAUAUGCUUUCUGAUGAUGCCCGUCUCUUCACAGAGCAAAUUUUAAAAGCUUGCAUUGAACAAGUGAAAAGGUAUCCAGAAUUUUAUUCUCUUCAUGAAGUCACCAGCUUAAUGGGAUUCUUCCCAUUCAGAAUAGAGAUGGGAUUAAAGUUAGAAAAAACUCUUCUUGCAUUGGGCAGUGUAAAAUAUGUGAAAACAGUAUUUCCCUCAAUGCCUGCAAAGUUACAGCUCUCAAAAGAUAACACAUCUACCAUUGAAACACCAGAACAAACAGCUAAAGCUAUGCAUUAUGAUAUUAGUAAAGAUCCAAAUGCAGAGAAGCUUGUUUCAAGAUACCACCCUCAGAUAGCUCUUACUAGUCAAUCAUUAUUUACCUUAUUAAAUAAUCAUGGACCAAACUACAAGGAACAGUGGGAAAUUCCAGUGUGUAUUCAAAUAAUACCUGUCGCAGGUUCAAAACCAGUUAAAGCAAUAUAUAUUAAUUCACCACUUCCCCAAAAGAAAAUGACAAUGAGAGAGAGAAAUCAAAUGUUUCAUGAAGUUCCGUUAAAACUCAUGAUGUCCAAAAACACUUCUGUUCCAGUCUCUGCAGUAUUUAUGGACAAACCUGAAGAGUGUAUAUCUGAAAUGGACACAUCCUAUGAAGUUAAUGAGUGCCGAAAAAUUGAGACUCUUGAAAAUUCGGAUCUGGAUUUCGAUGAUGAUGUCACAGAACUUGAAACUUUUGGAGUAACCACCACCAACCCAUCAAAGUCACCAAGUCCAGCAAAUACUUCCAUAGUACCCAAUGUGACAGAUACUCCCACAGCCCCGAAAGCAGCAGCUAUACCUGUAGCACCAAGUGCACCAGACAUUUCUGCUAAUUCUAGAAGUUUAUCACAGAUACUGAUGGAACAGUUGCAGAAGGAGAAACAACUGGUCACUGGUAUGGAGGGUGGCCCUGAAGAGUGCAAAAAUAAAGAUGAUCAGGAAGGUGAACCAUGUGGAGAAAAGGUAUCAAAUUCUGACAAGUCGCUGAUACAAGAUAGUGACUUGAAAACAUCUGAGGCCUCACAGUUAAGAAGUUCUAAGGAAAUUGAAAUUUCUAAGAAAAAUGAUAUGACUACAGAUAUGGUACAUGCCAAUGAUGAAAGACUAAAUGUUCUAGAAACCAUAGACAACUCCAAAGAAAAAACUGUUACAUCAGAAGCAGCUAAAACUAAGGAUGUAAUUCUUUGCAAUAGUGAUACAGAUGAGGACUGUUUAAUCAUUGAUACAGAGUGUAAAAAUAGUAAUAAUAAUGGAAAGACAACCGUUGUGGGUUCUAAUUUAAGCUCUAAACCAGCUAGCCCAAAUUCUUCCUCAGGACAGGCAUCUGUAGGAAACCAGACCAAUGCUGCUUGUAGUCCAGAAGAGUCAUGUGUUUUAAAAAAACCUAUCAAACGAGUAUAUAAAAAAUUUGAUCCAGUUGGAGAGAUUUUAAAAAUGCAAGAUGAGCUCUUAAAGCCAAUUUCCAGAAAAGUACCUGAAGUACCCUUAAUGAAUUUAGAAAAUUCUAAUCAGCCUUCUGUUUCUGAGCAACUCUCUGCUCCUUCAGAUGCCUCCAAUUGGCCAAGAUCUGGAUGGCCUUCUGCAUUUCAGAAGCCUAAAGGACGAUUGCCAUAUGAACUUCAGGACUAUGUUGAAGAUACAUCGGAAUAUCUAGCUCCCCAGGAAGGAAAUUUUGUUUAUAAGUUAUUUAGCCUGCAAGACUUGUUGUUACUCGUGCGUUGCAGUGUCCAGAGAAUAGAAACAAGACCGCGUUCUAAAAAACGGAAGAAAAUCAGAAGACAAUUUCCAGUUUAUGUACUACCAAAAGUAGAGUAUCAAGCUUGUUAUGGAGUUGAAGCUCUGACUGAAAGUGAACUUUGUCGCUUAUGGACUGAAAGUUUAUUGCAUUCCAACUGUUCAUUUUACGUUGGGCAUAUUGAUGCAUUUACUUCAAAGCUUUUCCUGCUAGAAGAAAUUACCUCAGAAGAAUUAAAAGAAAAGCUUUCAGCACUCAAGAUUUCAAGUUUAUUUAACAUCCUCCAACACAUUCUAAAGAAACUAUGUAGUUCUGUAAGUCAGAGGUCUAACAGGACUCACUGGGUUAAAAUCAAGCCAUCACCAGGGCUGCAUUCCUUUCUCUAGGCUUGGGAAGGAUCUGUUUCCUUGCCUUUUGUAGCUUCUAGAGGCCACCCACAUUCCUUGGCUUGUAGCUCUCUCCCUCUGUCUUCAAAGUUACAAAGGCAAGUUGAGUCUUCCUCAAAUGGCAUCACUCUGACCUCUUCUACUGUUAUUAAUACAUCUCUCUCUGAGUCUCCUCUGCUUCCCUCUUUCACAUUGAAGGGCUCUUAUGAUUAACAUUGGGUAAUCCAGGAAAAUCUGACCAUUUUAAAGUCAGCUGAUUAGCAACCUUAAUUCAAUCUGCUACCUUAAUUCCCCCUGGCCAUGCAAUGUAACAUAGUCACGGGCUCCAGGGUUUGGAAUAUAAACAUUUUUAGGAGACUCUUAUCUGCCUGUCACAAUUUAUAUCUGUCUAUGUACAUUGCACUUGUAUGGCACUUUUAAGAUAACUCCUCCUUGGAGUGUCUCUCAUUCUCCAUGAACUAGAUAUAAUUCCUCUGUAAACCAAAGCUUUCUUCAUACAUGAUUUUCAGCCUUUGAAAUGUUAUUUAUUCCUACCACCAAAUCAAUUAUUAUUUAUUUCUUUAUGUGGAAAUAAGAAAGUGAUUGGGGAAAAAAAUUUCCCAGAGGAUAGAAUAAUCCUCUGGACCUCCUUUGUCAACACCUAUUACUUUUCCAUUAAAAAAAGUUAAUGCAAAUGUAACUUACUAGGUUUGUAGAGAGAUCUAUAUAGCUAAAGUAUGAUUAAUCUUUAGUUUUAAUAAUAUAUUGUGGGAAAGAACUUAUGUUCUCCUUAGCGCAUUUGCUCCACAAGAGUAUGUAAUCCCAAGAAAUCAUGGUGUAUUAAUCAUAACCUUUUAGCUCUUUGUAAUGGUACAUUGAAUCCCUGAAAGCUUUCUAUAAAGGAAAGAAAAAUGUGGAUUUGAUGUUUGACAUGGCUGAUUAUUUUGACAGUAGAGGAUUGUGAUUAAGGAUGUGGCCUGUGCAGUUCAACUGCCUGGGUUUAUAUCUAAGUCCUACACUCUGAACUUUGGGCAAGUCGCUUAGCCCAAAUUUGUCUCCUUAAUAUUAUGGCUUGAAGGUUUGUUAUGAGGAUUUAAUGAGAAAAUGGAUAUGAAAUAGCACUACAAUAGUUAGCUCAUGAUAUUCAAUACCUGUUAGCUGCUAUUGUUUCUGUUAUCCUCAUAGCAACUCAUAUCAUAUUAUGAUUGUUCAGUUGACUGUUCUUUCCACUUUAUUUUAAACUACUCAAUGUAGUGAUCUCCAUUCACCUAUCAUUAGGUUCAAAGUAGGCACAAUGUUGAAUGAAUGAAAAUGCUGUAGGAAGACUUUUCAGUAUAAACGUCUGUUGUCCAUGGAUUAGGGAAUUAGGCAUAAUACUUGUUUCUCAUUAGGCAUAAUACUUGUUUCUCAUUACAUGAAAUCUUACAAAUUGACAUAUAAAAGUAAAACGAAAAUGACCAGAUAUUCUGAACUUCGGGAUACAAAUUAAAACAACUGUGUAAAAGGCAGGAAAAUAGUUUAAAAGACUUUUAAAAUAUUAUUUGGUCAUAAAAAUAAUUUUAGAGGUGGUAUUCUAUUCCCAUAAUUGUUCUUGGUUUUACUAAUAGAUAAUGAUUAAGAAAAUGCUGUUGAAUUGAUGCAAUGAGCCAAUGAGUUUCAUUGUGU